CUUGUCGCUCACUUGUUCCGUUGUUCGCCAUGGCAGUCCUGCACAGCUCUUAAACCACACUUUCUAUCUCCUCAAAUUGCCAUCAUGAAACUUCCAUGGCUGCUACCUUCUAAUCUUCCCACUCCAACUACUUCUCUCACUCUCCCCCUUCACUUCACUUUCUCAGCCUCAAUUUCUCCUCCUAAUUCCACCCUCUUCUUCAAACCUCGAUAUCUUUUCCCUCUUUCUUCAUUCAAUCGUCGCAAAUUUUCAACAUUUUCCUCUUUGAAUUCUUCAAUUGAACUCAAGGAUUCAAAUUCAAUCGCCCAGAAAUAUCAGGAGCAACAAUUGAAUUCGGAAAAUCGAUCCGAAUUUGUGGAAAUUAGGAACCCUAAUGUUCCGCCUUUUGUCUCGUCGUGGCGUUCUAAGUUCAGCUUGAGUGAUCAAGCUUUCUUUUUAUUAACAUUCAUCGCUUGCACGACCUCUGUUGCGUUUAUCAGCCUUGUUGCUGCAACUGUUCCUACUUUGUAUGCUAUGGGAAGAGCUGCUAAUUCUUUUGCAAAGCUAGCAGACACUGCUCGAGAGGAGCUCCCCAGUACAGUGGCAGCUAUUAGACUUUCAGGCAUCGAAAUCAGUGACCUUACUGUAGAACUGAGUGACUUAAGCCAAGAGAUAUCAUCAGGAGUCAAUAAAUCUGCAAAAGCAGUUCAAGCAGCUAAACAUGGAGCACGACAGAUUGGCUCUAUUGCUCGUGAACAGACUAUGUCAAUGAUCCAUGAGAGGGCGAACCUUCCUGCCAUCUCAUUUCAACCAGUUGUUUCUGGCGCUGCAAAAAAGACCUCUCGUGCAAUUGGCCAUGCUACAAAGACCUUAAUGAAUUUAAUUUCUGGAGGAGAGACCAUCUCUGAAGAAAACGAAUGACCCUGUUAACAGAGUCUACUAUUCGCUAACUCUGCGCUCCAAAUAUGAAGGUAGUAAUGGCAGCUCAGUCCAACUUGUUAAUGAGUCUGCUCUUACCCUCGGUGGUGAAGGGCAGAAAGGGGGUUUGAGGUGAAAAUGGACAACUACAUGGAUAGUGAUGCAGGUAAGGAAUGACCACCUAUAUCUGCAUCUAAUUCAGCAACAAAUUCACAUGUACUGUUUUUAACUUAUAUACUUUGGCUACGUCUUUGAGAAACCUGCAUGGUUCAACAAUCUGUUCAUGUGACCUAAGAAAGUUUUCUUUAUGUUCUAUA